UCCCAUCUUUUGCGUAAUAACUGGACCCAUCUGUGAAACACAGCGAGUAUCCUGCGGCGCCGRAGUCAGCAGCACAGCUUUUAUCCGAACGCACUUGUCAGGCUAGAUGGAUCGUGUUUUUCUGGAUUAGGAUUGGAAGAAGCACCCCUUUUGUGUUAUAUGGUUCCGUUUUCGUUGCACGUUCAAGAAUGUCUGAAGCAUUUGGUGCCAUCUCUAAUAUGGAACAGAAAGCAGAGUCCAAAAUACAAACACUUUCCUCUCCAAAGUAGGCGAGGCAAAGUGAGUGGGAAAGGAGAAGGCUGUUAUCAUUUCUGUUUUCCAUUGAAGAGCAAAGUUCAAUCAUGCUGGGUGUCCCUAGUUGUAUUAGUUCUGCUGAUUAUUGAAUAAACUUCCAGACRGGGAGAAGCCAACAAAGAGCGAUUGUCAAAAAGGAACUGUCUUAAAUAUAUUUAAAAUGCGUGCUGAAGAUGAAAAGAAACCUACUGAAGAUGGAAACAGCUAUGAGAUCACUGCAUUCAGACAGGAUUUUGAAUCUGAAGACAAAGACAAGAAGAAAAAGAAGAAAGGAGAAAAGGCUAAUGUGGUCAGYCCGCUUACGCUGUUUCGAUAUUCCAGUUGUAUGGAUAAAUUACUAAUGAUACUAGGCACUAUCCUGGCAAUUGCCCAUGGAACCAGCCUCCCUAUUGGGAUGAUAAUUUUUGGAGAUAUGACUGACAGUUUCGUUAUUUCUGCAAACACAACUAUUCCAGAUAACUUUUCUGCAGUGAAUAUCACUUCAGAUUUUCUUACCAAGCUAGAAGACGAUAUGACAAGGUAUGCAUAUUACUAUUCUGGAAUAGCAGCUGGUGUUCUUAUUGCUGCUUAUGUGCAGACUUCAUUUUGGACCCUAGCAGCAGGUCGGCAAGUAAAGAAAAUUAGAAAACAGUUUUUUCAUGCAAUUAUGAGACAGGAAAUUGGAUGGUUUGAUGUGAAUGAUGUGGGAGAACUUAACACUCGCCUCAUAGAUGAUGUCGCCAAGAUUAAUGAAGGAAUAGGUGACAAAAUUGGAUUGCUUGUUCAAUCAUUAACAACAUUUAUAACAGGAUUUAUUGUCGGUCUCAUAAGAGGAUGGAAAUUAACUCUUGUAAUAUUAGCAGUCAGUCCUGUCCUGGGUCUUUCAGCAGCUCUCUGGGCAAAGGUYCUGUCUGCUUUUACUGACAAAGAACAAGCUGCAUAUGCAAAGGCAGGAGCUGUUGCUGAAGAAGUUUUGUCCUCAAUUCGGACUGUAAUAGCUUUUGGAGGACAGGAAAAAGAGAUUAAAAGGUACCAUAAAAAUUUAGAAGAUGCUAAACGCAUUGGAAUAAGAAAGUCUAUUACUGCRAAUAUUUCUAUGGGUGUUGCUUUCUUGCUGAUAUAUGCAUCAUAUGCAUUGGCCUUCUGGUAUGGAACUACCUUGAUAAUAGCUGACGAUUACACUAUUGGCAAUGUUCUUACAGUUUUUUUCUCUGUGUUGAUUGGAGCUUUCAGUAUCGGACAGACUGCUCCAAGCAUAGAGGCAUUUGCUAACGCAAGGGGAGCUGCUUAUGCAAUAUUUAAUAUCAUAGACAAUGAACCCCAAAUUGACAGUUAUUCAGAGGUAGGUCACAAACCAGACCAUAUUAAAGGAGAUUUGGAGUUCCAAAAUGUUUGCUUCAAUUAUCCAUCCAGACCAGAUGUUAAGGUACUGAAAGGCUUGAAUCUCAAGGUUAACUGUGGCCAGACAGUAGCCCUUGUUGGUGGCAGUGGCUGUGGGAAAAGUACAACUGUUCAGCUCAUCCAGAGAUUUUAUGACCCCAAGGAAGGCAUGGUUACCAUUGAUGGGCAGGACAUUAGGAGCCUCAACGUCCGAUAUCUGCGGGAGAUUAUUGGCGUGGUGAAUCAGGAGCCCGUGCUGUUUGCUACUACUAUUGCAGAAAACAUUCGCUAUGGCCGUGAGAACGUCACCAUGGAAGAGAUUGAAAAAGCUACCAAGGAAGCCAAUGCCUACGACUUCAUCAUGAAGCUGCCCAAUAAGUUUGAGACCCUGGUUGGAGAAAGAGGGGCCCAGCUGAGCGGAGGCCAGAAGCAGAGGAUAGCGAUUGCCCGUGCUCUGGUUCGCAACCCCAAAAUCCUCCUGCUCGAUGAGGCCACCUCAGCUUUGGAUACUGAAAGUGAAUCCGUUGUGCAGGCAGCACUGGACAAGGCAAGGGAAGGACGCACCACAGUUGUCGUAGCUCACCGAUUAUCAACAGUCCGUAAUGCCGAUUGUAUAGCUGUAUUUGAAGGUGGAAUUGUCACAGAACAAGGGAAUCAUAGUGAAUUGAUGGAAAGAAAGGGAAUCUACUACAAAUUUGUUAACAUGCAGUCAAUAGAUACUGAUGUUGAAUCGUCAGAAAAAGAUGAAAAUGUCCUGAGUGUCAAAAAAAGUGUCUCUGAAUCAGAACUGGAUGAAUCCUUAAUAAAAGGAGGACUGCGAAGACGAUCAACUCGGAGAAGCUUCAGAAGACCGGGAGAAAAUGGUGAUCCUGAGGAGAAAACAAAAUUGCCUGACAUUGAAGUACCUCCGGCUUCAUUUCUGAAAAUUAUGAAGUUGAACAAAACUGAAUGGCCAUAUUUUGUAGCUGGCACAACAUGUGCAAUUAUCAACGGGGCUUUACAACCUGCAUUUUCAAUCAUAUUUUCAGAAAUUAUUGGGAUUUUUUCAGAGUCCGACAAGGCUGUUAUAAGAGAAAAGAGCAACUUAUAUUCACUGCUGUUUUUAGGACUUGGGAUCAUUUCAUUUUUCACUUUCUUUUUCCAGGGUUUCACAUUUGGUAAAGCUGGAGAAGUUCUCACAAUGAGGCUGCGAUUCAUGGCAUUUAAAGCAAUGCUUAGACAGGAUAUGGGCUGGUUUGAUGAUACUAGAAAUAGCACGGGAGCAUUAACUGCAAGACUUGCUAAUGAUGCCUCACAAGUGAAAGGAGCAACUGGUGUCAGAUUGGCAUUAAUUGCCCAGAACAUAGCUAACCUUGGGACUGGAAUUAUUAUAUCAUUAGUUUAUGGCUGGCAACUGACCUUAUUACUUUUAGCUGUUGUGCCAAUCAUUGCUGUAGCAGGAAUGAUUGAAAUGAAGAUGCUGGCUGGACAUGCUAAGAAAGAUAAGAAAGAGCUGGAAAUUGCAGGAAAGAUUGCCACAGAAGCCAUAGAAAAUAUUCGAACUGUUGCAAGUUUGACCCGAGAAAGAAAAUUUGAGGGCAUGUAUGGAGAACAUCUGAAUGUACCAUACAGAAAUUCAGUCAAAAAGGCACAUAUAUUUGGGUUUUGUUUUGCCCUUUCACAAGCAAUGAUGUUCUUUACCUAUGCCGGCUGUUUCCGCUUUGGUGCCUAUCUAGUGGUAAAUGGACACAUGGAGUAUAAAAAUGUGUUUUUAGUGUUUUCAGCUGUUGUAUUUGGUGCAAUGGCUUUAGGACAAACUAGCUCUUUUGCUCCGGACUAUGCCAAAGCCAAGAUAUCUGCAGCCCACAUGUUCAUGCUGUUUGAAACAGUACCCUCAAUAGACAGUUACAGUGAGGAAGGACUGAAGCCUGAAAGAUUUGAGGGAAACAUAGCAAUCAAGGAUGUGAAGUUCAACUACCCAAAUCGACCUGAUGUCAAAGUUCUCCAAGGUUUGAAUCUAAAAGUAGAAAAAGGACAGACUCUGGCUCUUGUUGGUAGCAGUGGCUGUGGAAAGAGCACUGUUGUUCAGUUGCUUGAGAGAUUUUAUGAUCCACUUGAUGGAGAAAUGCUCUUCGAUGACAAAAAUGCAAAGGCACUAAAUAUCCAGUGGCUGAGAUCGCAGAUCGGUAUCGUCUCACAAGAACCAAUCCUGUUUGACUGCACUAUUGCUGAGAACAUUGCUUAUGGAGAUAACAGCCGGGAAGUGCUACAUGAGGAAAUUGUUAGUGCAGCCAAAAAAGCCAAUAUUCAUUCCUUCAUUGAAUCUCUACCAGAUAAAUAUAAUACUCGGGUAGGAGACAAGGGAACCCAGCUCUCUGGUGGUCAGAAACAACGUAUUGCUAUUGCCCGAGCUCUUGUACGCCAGCCCCAAAUUCUGCUACUUGAUGAAGCUACGUCUGCCCUAGAUACAGAAAGUGAAAAGGUUGUGCAGGAGGCCCUGGAUAAAGCCCGCGAAGGCCGCACCUGCAUCGUGAUCGCUCACCGCCUCUCCACCAUCCAGAACGCCGACAAGAUCGCCGUGGUCCAGAACGGCAAGGUUGUAGAGCAAGGGACUCACCAACAACUCCUGACUGAGAAAGGCAUCUACUAUUCACUGGUCAAUGUUCAGUCUGGGUCAUGCAACAUGUAAAUUAAAGGCAGUGCUUACCUCUGAAGUGUCACUGUAAUUAUUUCAAUGCUGCAUAGUAGUUGUAGUCAGUUUUGAUACUUCUGUUUUUCCUCCAAAACCAAAGGUCUUUUAUAAAUCCUGUGAAAGCAGGAAUUACUAAGUAAAUUCCUACCAGUGCCUCACUGCCAGCUCGUUGUUCAAAUCACCUUAUUUUGUAGCCAAAACAGGGGUCUAUUGCAUUCAUAAUACUAGAAACAYGCUAAGCAGAAUUUUUCAGUAGCCUACCUUAAAUGCUAACAAAAGCAGACUAGUAUGGCAUAUCUAGUAAACAAUAUGUAACAUACAUAUUGGGUAUUGUCUAUCAUCUACAYGCCUUAUACAUGGGGCAGAGGCCAAGGGCUAAGACUCCCUGAAGAGUGAAGUAUCUUAUAAAAGGAGAUCUUAAACUGAGGGCUGCAGGAACUGGACAGAAGGACUCCUUUUUCAGUUCCAGCUUCCCUCACUGAAGUGCUCUUGACCCUGAUCGUCUUGAAGAACCUAAAAGACUGGGACUGAUUAAGGACUGUAAUCACCACUGCUAACUGCAUGGCAUCAGCUCUGUGGUUCUGUAUAUUUGUUGCUAAUUUAAGAUAUAGUUGUUAAAUACUAACUGCCUUGAAUAUGUAGUAAUAGUGAUUAAUAAUGAUUAAGAACUAACCAUUAACAAUAUG